AUGUCAAACAUCGACAGCAUCUUGAGGAGUUGCAGUGUUGGGAAGUCCUGUAACAGCUCUCAGCUGAUUUUUCACAACGCGAGCGGCGAUUAUGGGCUGGAGCUUCCUGACGACGGAUCCCCCUGGCUGAGAAUACUGGUGUCGGUGGUGUACUUCCUUGUGGCUACGGCCGGAGUGCUGGGUAACCUGCUGGUGAUGUUCCUGCUGUAUAACACUCACACCAUCACCACGGGCACCAUCAAUUUCUUUGUUUUCAACCUGGCGCUGGCCCACCUGCUCUUCUCGCUGGCCUUGCCCUUCUGGGCCGUGGACAUCGCGCUGGACUACAGCUGGCCCUUCGGUCUGGCCACGUGCAAGGCCGUGUCCCUGCUCACUGGACUCAACGUCUUCGCCAGCUGCUUCUUCCUGACGGCCAUGAGCCUGAUGCGGUACUGCUACGUGGCGACGGCGCUGAAGCCCGGCAUGUCUCCGUGCAGCCGGCCGUGCGCCCCUCCUCUGGUCACGGCUUUCAUCUGGGCCGCGGCGCUGAUCGCGGCGGCGCCCCGCGCCGUGUUCGCGGACCUGAGACUCGUGGGCAGCGCCAACGACACGGCGUGCCUCCUCCGCUUCCCGGACGGCACGGCCUGGCUGGGCCUGAACCAACUGCUGAGGGUGGUGCUGGGGUUCCUGCUGCCGUACGCCACCAUCAUCCUCUCCUACCUGCUGCUGCUGCGCUUCCUCUGCCGACACAAGCUCAAAGGCAGCGGCUCCCGGCGGAAGGCCGACAUCUCCAAGUCGGUGGCGGUGGUGGUGCUGUCCUUCUGCGCCUGCUGGUUCCCGUACAACGUCCUCACGCUCUGGGGCGUCCUGAUCCAGCUGGACGUCGUGGACAUCAGCCCCUCCUUCUACCAGGCGCAGACGUACUUCUUCCCUCUGGCCAACUGCCUGGCCUUCACCAGCAGCUGCUUCAACCCGGUCAUCUACUGCCUGGUGAGGAAGGAGUACCGCCUGGCGCUGCACAACGUGCUCUUCAAGCUGAGCCUGGCCAUCAUGUCCAAGAUGCCCUACGGCAUCACCUCCGAGGACGGGUCGGGGCAGACCGGCCAGCUGGCCAUUCCACUGAACCACAUGUACAAGGAGACGUCUCAGAGCAACUCCAGAAGAUACGUCCCGCUGUCUGCCCUGCCAACGGUGGCGUCCACGCUGUAG